CUUCAUAUAAACCCCGUCGGUUCCAGUGAGAGCAUCGUUCCGCACAGCUACCUGGAUCGUUGUUUCAUCCAGUUAUUUAUUACUUGUAUUUGGUGUCACAAAAAAACAACUCCACAAGAAUGGCCAAGUACUUUAUCGCCCUCUUGCUCGUCGUUUCUUCAGUCUACGGACAAACAGCCGAGAGCGAGUGCCCGGAGAAGAACGGCGUUUUCGCCGACAGCGUCCAGUGCGACCGCUACUACGAGUGCGACAACUUUGUCCUCAGCGAGAAACUCUGCGCCGACGGUUUGGUCUUUGCCGAUUUGGCCAACUCUUUCCAGGGACGAUGCGAUUUCCCCUUCAACGUCGACUGCGCUGGCCGCCCCGAACUCCAGCCGGCUAACGCUACCACCAACUGCCCGCGCCAGAACGGUUACUUCAAGCACAGCGACCCCGCCAUCUGCAACCAGUUCUUCUUCUGCUCUGCUGGCCAAGCCAAUUUGAUCACCUGCCCCGAUGGUCUCGUUUUCAACCCCAACACUGGAACUUGCUCCUGGCCAGGAGAGGCCAACCGCGUCGGUUGCCAAAGCAAAGACGUCGUUGCAUUUGAUUGCCCUGCCCGAGUUCUUGAGGCUGAGCCAACCGGACCCCAGUUCAUCGACCCACUGUACGCUGACCCAACUGAUUGCCAGUACUUCUACGUUUGCAUCGGUGGUAAGGAACCCCGCCGCAACGGUUGUACCACUGGUUUGGUUUUCAACGACCUAACCAAGCGUUGCGAUAGACCCAGAAACGUCCCCGACUGCGUUGACUGGUACAAGACCAGCGAAGGAGACUUGCUGGAACCCGACGUGUUGGAAGAUGAGGUUGUCCCAGCACCCAAGAGGACCAACAUUGCUGGCCGUUCUUAAUUUCGUGUCAUCAAAUACUCAAAUCUCUUAACAGGCACCCCCACAGAGUUAAAAAAUUCGCCUGUCGUCAGUGUUAUAUCAUUUAUAGAAAACCCAUUGUUUCGUAUCGAUUCAGACGGAGACAGAAUUACAUGUUAUCAUUUUCCUGA